CGCCCGGAGUUGCUGGUUCUGUGAGGUAGCGGCGGCAACGACCAUGGAGGCCACGUCCCGGGAGGCGGCGCCAGCGAAGAGCUCGGCCUCGGGCCCCAGCGCUCCCCCCGCCCUGUUCGAGCUGUGCGGGCGGGCGGUGAGCGCCCAUAUGGGGGUUCUGGAGAGCGGGGUGUGGGGUAAGUCGCGGGGUGAGGGGCUACCUCUGGCAACGAGCGGAGGCGGCCCAGCGGCCGGGGGGCGCGGGGGGCGAGGCCGGGAGGCCUGGGGCAAGGCCCAGCCCGGGGCGCUGGAAGCCACACCGUCGGGUCGGAACAUGAAUUCCGUGCCUGACCGGGCUAGACAGAGUAAAGGCGGGGACCAAAUCGGCAGGUGGACGCGCACUGCGGCCUGGCUGGGGGGCGCGGGGGGCGAGGCCAGGAGGCCUGGUCUGGUGCCAGACUGGCUGGGCCCGGGAGACAGAAGCUGGAAUGACGGGCCGGCCGCGGGCACCGAACUGACGCUCGGGUCGGGCCGGGCUGCGGAGUCUCGGAUGUCGAAGCGACGGGCAAGGAUGGCCCUGCUGCUUGGGGGCGGGGGCCGAGCUUGGGAGGCCCGGCCUAAAGCAAGGAGUCCAGGCCCGGGGCCACCUAGCCUGACUGACGCGCGGGGCCUCCCGUGUCUGCUUGACAGACCGCGGGUACCGAGAAUCCGGAGACUAUGCUGAUGGGCGAAAGCAGCCCAGUGGAUUGGAGAGCGAGGGGCUGGGGGAGAGGCCGAAGGGCUUGGGGCGCCGAGGCCUGUCGGGCGACCCAGGGUUGAAGGGAGCGCACUGACGACCGGGGCCUCGGGUGCCAAUUUGCUGGAGCGCUGGACUGACGGGCAGGGCAGGGAGCGCUGGAGGCCACUCGGAUUGGCCUGAGCGGAGGAAGGGCCCGGAGCGGGUGAAGAAGGGAGGCUGGAGCGGGUCAGCAACCGAGGGAGGCUCGAAUGACGGACGGGCGGGAAGGGCCAGGGAGGCCCCAGGCGGAGCGACGGCCCGGGGAUCCCGAAUGGGAGGGGGCGCGUCGCCGCUAGGAGGCCUCGGGCUGAGUGCAAGCGAAAGGAGGCCCCGGGCCUGAAAGCUGCCGGGGACCGACGGCCCGGCUCGGGCUCAGGGUGCCCAGGCCGAGCGGCAAAGGCGGGCCCGCGCCGCCGGGCCGAGGGGCCGGGGAGGACAAGCUGACGAGGCCGGCCGAUGGGCCUGGGAUUAGGUCGGGCCUGCGCGGGCAGGGUCGCGCCGGAGAGGAAGCCCGCAGUGGUGGGCACGCGGAGGCCCGGCUUUGGGGUGGGCGCCGCUGGACCCAGAUCGGCAGCUGAUGAGAACAACUCGGGUCGGCCUUGUGAACACUGAUGGGGAGCGUGAAAGAGAGGAGAGUGAAGGGUCUGGGGGGUAGGCCUGCCCGCAUAGGGGAUGAGGGAGGCCUUGGGCCCGACAGACGGGUGGUGUGAGGGGGUGGGGUCCAGAGGCCAGGGCUGAAGUUGAGUGAGGAGAUCCAGGCCGGGCCUAGGGCCCAGGGAAGCGGGAGGGAGUGGCAGGAGAGAAGGCCUCAGGCCUUGAGGGGGUGAAGGGGUGGGGUUCUGGAGAAGGCCUCCGGAGUGGUGGUAGUGCCUUUGCCAGGAGGGAAGCCCCGGUAAGGUCAGGAGAGAGGGUUUGAGGUCCUGGGAUUGGGGAUUUGGGGGGGUUGCACCCUGAGGAGGUGGUUGUGAAGAAAAGGCCCUGAAGUUUGGGGGGAGGGGGUUGGGCCUCCAGGAAUAAGCCCCAAGGCUGUGGAGACUGGUUAAAGAAGGCCCAGGGAUGUGAGAAGGCCCUUGGUGAGGUGGGGGUGGGGCACUGAUCCUGAAGAGGCCCAAGUGUCUUCCUGCAGUGGGGAAGACUGUUAGAAGUCCUCAAGCUGGUAGGGGGAGGGGAUUGUGGAGGCCCUGUGCCCACAGCUGAAAGGAGAAGGGUCAGGCUGACCCAUGGGAAAAAGGAGUAGUCUCAGUGGAACUGGGCAGGGAGCUCAAAAAAGACCUCAGAAAAAUGUGGAAGAAGGCAGAGAAGAUUGGCUGUAUCAGCCUGGAGCUUCUAGGAUGCUAAACUUGGCUAGGAGGGAAGAGGACUGGGAGUGAAGGCCCGGAGUUGGGAAGAGGAAGCAUUAAAGGUGUAGGCUGAAAAGAAGAAAGGAAGAGCCUGGCUUAAGAAGAAUGGAGAAAUGAAGAGAGGAGAUUGUGGAUCAUAGGGGAUGAGACUCCGCAGUGGCUGUGAGAGGGGAUGGCUAAACAGAGAAGAUUGGAGGGACAGAGGAGAAAGAGCUCCUAUGGGCCUAGCCUAGCCCUCCCAGGCCCAAUACUUCAGAGCAUCUUACCUCUGCUCAAUAUAUAUUACUUGGAGAGGAUUGAGGAAACUGCCCUCAAGAAAGGCCUCUCCACUCAGGCCAUCUGGCGCCGACUAUGGGAUGAGCUGAUGAAGACAAGGCCUUCCAGUUUGGAAAGUGUGACCUGUUGGCGAGCCAAGUUUAUGGAAGCCUUUUUUUCCCAUGUUCUACGUGGGACCAUUGAUGUAUCUUCUGACAGGCGUCUCUGCGACCAGCGCUUCUCACCUCUUCUGCACAGCUCCCGCCAUGUCCGCCAGCUCACCAUCUGCAAUAUGCUGCAGGGUGCGACGGAGCUGGUGGCCGAGCCCAACCGCAGGGUUCUGGAGACCCUGGCCAGUUCCCUGCACACCCUCAAGUUCCGCCACCUGCUGUUCUCUGAUGUGGCUGCUCAGCAGUCACUCCGGCAGCUUCUGCAUCAGCUUAUUCACCAUGGGGCUGUCAGCCAAGUGUCGCUCUACUCCUGGCCUGUGCCCGAGUCAGCCCUUUUCAUCCUUAUCCUCACCAUGAGUGCUGGCUUCUGGCAGCCAGGCCCUGGCGGCCCACCUUGCCGCCUCUGUGGAGAGGCCUCCCGAGGCCGGGCCCCAUCCCGAGAUGAAGGGUCCCUCUUGCUGGGCUCACGCAGGCCUCGCAGGGAUGCUGCUGAGCGAUGUGCUGCAGCCCUGAUGGCCUCUCGGCGGAAGAGCGAAGCCAAGCAGAUAGCCAGAGCUGCACCUGCCACCCGGGUAACACGCCGGAGCACACAGGAGAGCCUGACAGCAGGUGGGACAGACCCCAAGAGGGAUCUGCACCCUCCGGCAACUUCCCAUGAGGCGCCUGGCACCAAGCGGCCAUCCUCUGCUCCAGCCACCAGCUCCUCUGCCUCUGCCUCCUCUUCCACAUCCUCAUCCAAACGGGCUCCAGCUAGCUCAGCCCCACAGCCUAAGCCCCUAAAGCGUUUUAAGCGAGCUACAGGGAAGAAGGGUCCUCGCACCCGUCAGGGGUCUGGUGCAGAGUCUGAAGACCUGUAUGACUUUGUUUUCAUUGUGGCUGGUGAGAAGGAGGAUGGGGAAGAGAUGGAGAUCGGGGAAGUGGCUUGUGGAGCUCUGGAUGGAUCAGAUCCCAGCUGCCUGGGGCUUCCAGCACUGGAGGCCUCCCAGCGAUUCCGCAGCAUCUCCACCUUGGAGCUGUUCACAGUUCCGCUGUCCACAGAGGCAGCUCUGACACUGUGCCACCUGCUGAGCUCCUGGGUAUCUCUGGAGAGCCUCACACUCUCCUAUAAUGGCCUGGGCUCUAACAUCUUCCGCCUGCUGGACAGUCUGCGGGCCCUGUCAGGCCAGGCUGGAUGCCGCCUCCGAGCCCUGCAUCUCAGUGAUCUGUUCUCACCACUGCCCAUCCUGGAGCUGACACGUGCCAUUGUGCGAGCCCUGCCCCUACUGCGGGUCCUCUCUAUCCGUGUGGAUCACCCCAGCCAGAGGGACAACCCUGCUGUGCCAGGGAAUGCAGGGCCCCCUAACCACAUAAUUGGAGAUGAAGAGAUACCAGAAAACUGCCUGGAACAGCUGGAGAUGGGAUUUCCACGGGGAGCCCAACCAGCCCCACUGCUCUGCUCUGUACUGAAGGCCUCAGGUUCUCUGCAGCAGCUGUCUCUGGAUAGUGCCACCUUUGCCUCUCCCCAAGAUUUUGGGCUUGUGUUACAGACACUCAAAGAGUACAACCUGGCCCUGAAGAGGCUGAGCUUCCAUGACAUGAACCUGGCUGACUGUCAGAGCGAGGUGCUCUUUUUGCUACAGAAUCUGACUCUUCAAGAGAUUACCUUCUCCUUCUGCCGUCUGUUUGAGAAGCGCCCGGCCCAAUUUCUGCCUGAGAUGGUUGCUGCUAUGAAGGGCAACUCCACACUGAAGGGCCUCCGGCUGCCAGGGAACCGCCUGGGGAACGCUGGCUUGCUGGCCCUGGCAGAUGUUUUCUCAGAGGACUCCUCCUCCUCUCUGUGUCAGCUGGACAUCAGUUCCAACUGCAUCAAGCCAGAUGGCCUUCUGGAGUUCGCCAAGCGGCUGGAGCGCUGGGGCCGUGGAGCCUUUGGUCACCUGCGCCUCUUCCAGAACUGGCUGGACCAGGAUGCAGUCACAGCCAGGGAAGCCAUUCGGCGGCUCCGGGCCACUUGCCACGUGGUUAGCGACUCGUGGGACUCAUCCCAGGCCUUUGCAGAUUAUGUCAGCACCAUGUGAUGGGGCCCAUGCUUCACAGACCCAUGCUCAGUACCAUCAGCUUGCAGGGGCUGAGACAUGGGCUGUGACAUGGGCUGCCCAGAACUUCCAAACACCAACUCUGUCUUUCUCUUUCUGCCACCUUUUUUUCUCUUUUUUCCUUCUUCCCUUGCACUGAGGUCCUGGUGGCCUUGAUGGGGCUCAGCAAAGGUAUUCCCAAAACUGGAUGUAGAGCCUCUGGGCCCCUUACCCAGUACUCUGGGAACCCUGGGCCAGGUUAUAGUGCUCCUCAGUCACUGAGGACAGCUCCCCGCCCCCUGCCCAAGGUUCCUGCUUUCCUUCCCGAAGCAGGCACCCAGGCUUUAGAGAAGUUUAGGAGUGUCCACUACCAGGCCUCUUCUCCGCUGGGCUUACCAUGCUGCUCCCAGGCCUCAGUCCCUUUCAUACCUUUAUUCCUUUCUUUUUUUUUAACCAAAAAAGUUUUUCUUAUAAAAUAAACUUUGGGCAAACAUCAUGUGGCCCUCC